UCUUCCACUACCAAAAAAAGGUUGAAAAAAAGGACUACAAAUAAUAGAACCAAAUGUACCAUUCACACAAAAACCAAAAAAUGAAAGCUCCAAAUUUCACAAAACUCCUCUAUUUCUUCACUCUUUUUCUUACCACGUUAUUUAUAAUCACAUCAGAAAAUAGCCAAUCACAAUGCAAUGAUACAAUAGCUAAGUGUAAUGAAGAGUUGGAGAUGUUAAUGGAAUCUGAUAUUAGUAGAAGAUUUCUUGAACAAAGAAAAAGAUAUAUUUCUCCUGGUGCUUUAAAAAGAGAUAAACCGGUGUGUAACGGCGGCGGUGGCGGCCAACCGUAUUCACGGAGCUGCCUACCGCCGCCGUCGAAUCCGUAUAAUAGAGGUUGUUCUAAGUAUUAUCGUUGUAGAGGUGAUCAAUGAUAGAAAAAUAUGUGUCUAUGAGUUUAUAUAUAUAUAUAUUUUUUUUUGCUACUUAAUACUUAUGAUUUUGUAUUGUGGUUGUGAAUGAAUUUUGCUUUUGCUGGUGUUAUUGAUGUUAUUGUUGAUGGAUACAUUAUUUAGUCAUACUUAGUGGUGAGAGGCGGAUUAGGUUGUUGAGUUUAUGUGUCAUAGAUUACGAUCCCAUCCUUUCUACUUGGUAGAAUGUUAUUUAGAAAAUUUUAUUAGAUAACAUAUAAAUAUAUUUAUAUUUAGUAACUAUACUAUAUUUAUUAAUUAAAUAUUAUAUUUUAAUUACACAAAAUAAUUAAUUCAAAAUUCAUCUGUCUUAUUCCAUUAUAUCAAUCUUUCCCUCAACCCUCAUUACUCUCUGUCCUUUUUCACUCUCUUCUUCCAGAUCAUACAGUCCAAACACCAUAAUAGAUUUUCUAGGGCGGCUGGGCCUUGAACAACUACAUGAACAAGAGGGCGUAUGGAAGAGCUUCAAACCCCAAACUCCGAUCUCUGUAACUUUGCUUGCUUGUCUUUCCUUACAUAAGAAGCUUCUUAUGUUUUCCAGAUUUUCGAAGAAUUUACAAGGUUACUAAGCCUUCAAGAUCAACAAUAUCAAAUUAACGAAAUGCACAUUUUCUCACUUUUUCAAUAAACCAAACUGUAUUGUUUAACUCCAAACCAAACUGUCAUCUUCUCUGAUGGAGCUAGCCGACCUCCGCCGCCGGUCGUCUUCUCCAGCGUCUUCGGUCGAGUGUAUUUAUCAGAUCUGCGAUCGAGUGUAUUUAUCAGAUCUGCAAUCGAAAUUCUUAAGACUCGAAAUCGAUUGCAGCGACGAAUUUCGCGGUUACCGGAUCUAAGUGUAUUUUGCUUAGAUAUGAAUAUGUUUCUCAAAUUUGAGUAUUUAUCGUUGUUGUUACUUGAGAUGUAUUUGUUUUUAUGUUGAAUACGUAGAAAGAAAUGGUUUCUUUGGAAAAAUCUUUGGUAAUGUAUUCUAAGGUGUGAGUUAUUUUAUUUCUUGUAUCUCAGAUCUGAGUGUAUUUUUUUUUUUUGUAUCUCAGAUCUGAGUGUAUUUCAGUGUAUUCAUUAUUUUUUGAGUGUAAAAUAGAGAGUUUCUUUAUGUAUUUUUCGAUUGUAUUGAAAGGAGUUUUUUUUUUUUUUAUACCAAUGAAUAUAGUGAAUUUUGAAUACAACUAAAUAUUUCUGUA